AUCAGUCUGAAGUCGAACUUCAAGCGCGGGGAUACGAUGACAAGAAACGCUGGCCUCUGGUGGAUUGGUCGGGUGAUUCUGCUGUUUAUCUGGGUCCAGUGGACCGAUGGACGCAACUCGCAGAGUCUGCAUGUGCGUUUGUCCCACGGCGGCUGGUUGAUUGGACGCCAUUUGACCACCCACAAUGGUCGGCACAUGCGGGCAUUCAUGGGUGUCCCAUAUGCAGAGCCACCACUCGGGGAUCUACGUUUCCGUGCGCCCGUCGCAAAGGGUUUCUGGGAGGGCGAACGUUUGGCCAUCAAGGAUGCACCCAUCUGCCUGCAGCGGGAUCCCUUCCGACGCGACAUGAUCAUCGAGGGUUCCGAGGAUUGUCUAUAUAUAAAUGUUUACACGCCGGAAAGGCCCAGGAUUAAUGGCUCCUUACCCGUGAUGGUAUGGUUCCAUGGCGGCGGGUGGCAGUGUGGCUCCGGUAUUAGCAGCUUUUAUGGUCCGGACUUUCUUCUGGAUCACGACAUCGUCCUGAUUUCGGCCAACUUCCGAUUGGGACCCUUGGGUUUCCUUAGCACGGAGACGCUCGAUUGUCCCGGUAACAAUGGCUUGAAGGAUCAACUGGAGGUCCUGCGGUGGGUUCGUGAGAAUAUCGCAUCCUUUGGCGGUGAUCCAAAUAGUGUUACAGUCUUUGGCGAGAGCGCUGGAGGCGCCAGUGUUACCUAUCACAUGCUGUCGGAGAAGUCACGCGGCUUACUGCAUCGUGGCAUCGCCCAAUCCGGCACUUAUUUCAAUCCCUGGGCGCAGCCUGCUCAUAAAGGUGUGGCCGCUGGAAGGGCCACCAAGUUGGCAGAGUUGGUGGGCUGCGGAUCCGCCGGCGAAUGGCCGGAAAAAUUGGAGUGUCUGCGCCAGAAGCCAGCCGAGGACAUCGUGGCCUCCCUAUACGACAUGUUUGUCUGGGACUUUGACCCGAUGAUACCUUUUCCACCAGUGAUCGAACCGGAACACGAAGAUGCCUUUCUAACUGUGCCACCUCGCCAGGCGCUAAAGCCUCAUGGACUGGCACUGCCACUCCUUGUGGGCGCCACCGCCGAAGAGGGUCUGUUGAAGACGGCCGCCCUGAUCAAUCUUCCCCAUCUAUUGGACGAGUUCAAGUCCCAGUUUGACCAGGUCCUGCCCGUUGUUCUAAACUACGAUCACCACGAGGAUUCCGUUCGGCAGAUGAUAACGCAGCGCAUCGAAAGCUUCUACUUCAAGGCGGGCCAUGAUUACGAUAAAGUCAAUCACCAGAAUCUGACCGAUCUAAUUUCGGAUGGAUGGUUUGUGGCCGGAAUUGAUGAGUACUUACGCCUUCGGGUGUCCCAAGAGGGCGUGGCCCCCACAUAUGUCUAUCUGUUCGAUCACAAGGGGGCCGCCAGCUUUACGGAGAUUUUCAAGGGCGGCCGGAAUGAGUUCUACGGCACGUGUCAUGCGGAGGAGCUCCAGUAUUUGUUCCCCAUUGGACGGGAGCUUUUUGUCAGUGCUGUUCCGACCCAGAAAGAUCUGGAACUCCGCGAACUGAUGCUCCAUUUGUGGGUUAGCUUUGCGGAAACUGGCAAUCCAAAUCCCAAGAAUUCCAGCUUCCAUUUGCCCAACUGGAGCCCCGCGUCCAGUUAUCCAGUGGAAUAUGCACGCUUGGGCACCAAAAUCGAGGAUUCCACAUCCAUUUUCCAACUGGAAAAUGAGCUAAUGCAACAGCGGGCCGAUUUUUGGCGGGAUUUGCAGCCCCAUUUGCCCGCCACCCACGCCCACAACGAGCUUUAGUCCUUACCAAGUCUUUAUCCAAAUGUAUUCCAUAUUCCAUUUCAUUAAACCGACGCUUAGAUCGUUCACCACAAUAUUUUCACAA